GUAGCAAGAGUAACGUCAUCUGAAAGAGGCGAUACAACAACUGCAGUUCUGUGCAUGUCAGCUUCUGGCAACUUCAUACCACCAAUGCUAAUUUUUCGCAGAGUUCGGAUGAAAACUGAACUAAUGGAUGGUGCACCUCCAGGGUCUGCUUAUGCAUGCAAUGCGUCAGGCUGGAUGAAAUUGGAAGUGUUCGCACAGUGGUUUGAACAUUUUUUGACCCACGCAAAACCGUCUGCCGAAGAUCCCGCACUUUUAAUAUUGGACGGUCACCUUUCACACACCAAAAACUUAGGCGUCAUAUUAAAAGCAAGACAACAUAAUGCCACUAUUUUAUGUCUGCCACCACACUGCACACACAAACUCCAACCGCUGGACGUUGGGGUGAUGUAUCCAUUAAGCGUAUACCAUAACCAGGCUUUAGAGAAGUGGAUGAAUAAUAAUCCUGGAAGAGUGGUCACAGUUUUCCAAAUAAGCAAAAUUUUUUCUGAAUCUUACCUGAAAGCUGCAGUUCCUUUAAAUGCCAUUAAUGGAUUUUCAAAAUGUGGUAUAUUUCCGUAUAACCCCGAUGUUUUCUCUAAUGUCGACUUCAUUGCUGCUGAAACGACUGAACAGUCUAUGGAAUCUGACACUUCAAAACCAACUCCUUAUAUUGGUUCAGUAUCUAAUACGAUACAGCCUCCGGCUUUACCUAUUGCUUUCCAUUCCUUCCCGCAGGAUACAAUUAUGCAACUAUCUCGUCAAGCUACACCAUCACCCACAUAUGCAGAACAAAAUAAUUCACCAUCGCUCUCUAUCAUUACAACUUCACCCUCCACAAUAACUAUGCAUAAUCCCAUGUCACCGAUUCCAUCAACUUCUUUCGCUAAUUUCACUCCAAGCAAUAUUCAACCAAUGCCAAGAAUAUCAGGGAAAAGAAGUCACUCUAGGAGAGUACGAG